AUGGUUGCACUUUACAAACUGGCGGCAGUCAACAAUGGUCCCGAGACCAGCUGGGACGACAACCACAUGAGACUCCUUGCUCGUCUGACCGACGAGGAUAUCGAAAUCCUCCAGCUUCCCUCGCCCAAGUGUUCGGCCAAACGGAUCUCGGCCGAGCUGUGCCAGACGCCAGCGCAAAAAGACCGCGUCAUGAGUCCUCCCUGGCGACUCGGCAUCUGCGCCAUGGAAGACAAGGCGCUCAGCAAGGCCAACCAGGAGAUAUUCCGUCGCCUACAGAUCGACGGUCUUAUCGAAGUGGUCCUGUUCGGCGACAAGACGCUGUUGAGCAAGAAGCCGGAGGAAUGGCCCAUCUGUGAUUUCCUGAUCGCGUUUUAUUCAGAUGGGUUUCCCCUCGAGAAGGUCAUCUCGUACACGAGACUCCGCUCGCCGUUCUGCUAUAAUGACUUGCUUAUGCAGGGCGUUCUCUUUGAUCGUCGGCUCUUUGUCCGCAUUUCUGGGUCUGCACCAGUCUUCUGUUUUAUCGUUGGCGCACUUCUCGUUUGGGCUUUCCUGGGCAUUCGUUUUGGGAACUCGGCUAAAUGGACCGCCGUCAUUUCAGAUGUGCAGGCGAUCCUGUGCUACGUGUUCGACUCUUUCCUCAUGCGCCAACUACUCCGCGAAUACUCCGAGCAGCAGGAGGCCAUGGCCGAGAUGAAGUCGAGACGGAACAGCCAUGAGCGAAUGCUGACGAAGCUCAAGAACAAACUGGGGCCGGAGGGAGUCUGUCAUGUAUCACAAAUCAGCAGCAAUCGCCCCUUGGAUGCGCUGGAUCAAGGGACGCGGACACAAGGCUGGUUUGCGCGGAUGAUCAUCUUCUCCGCGUGGGCGUUCGGACAUAUCAUCACCGUGGGCAUGUAUUGGGUCUGCAUCUUCAUCUGGCUGGGCUUCGGACACUACUGUGGCUGGACGGACCAGUGGCAGCUGUACAUCAACUCGGCAACCUCAGCCCUGAUGGUCCUGGUAUUUGCGUUUCUGGAUUGCCUACGCGAAUGCUAUGCCGACUAUGUCAACAAUUGCCUGGACGCCAUCUUCCGCCUCGAUGCCACGCUCGAGAAGGAGCUCCGCUGCAUCACCGACGACAAUCUGCCGAACGAACCCGAGGUAAUCCAGCCGCCGCGUGAGAACCCACUGCAAGUAGCCGUAUUCUACUACGCCGACAUCAUCGGGACUCUGGUCGGGAUUAUCAUCCUGGUGGCCGUCAUCGUCGCAUGGGCCGCUGUCGGACCAGUCUUCCACUUCAAUGACAACUGGUGGCUCCUGAUUGGCACAUAUGCGGGGUUAGUCGGGCUAUUCGACAGUUUCAUUCUGCGGAAUAUCCAAGGCAAGGUGAAAGAGUACACGGUCGGACAAGUGCAGAGCCUGGAGAAGAGAGACAUGACCCUCUUCGCGAGGACGCAGAUGGCCGUUCCGCCCAAAGACGAUCUUGAUACAUCGUCUGUCACCCACCGGAUCUCGAUCGCGAUGGGGAAUGUCUGCUCGCAUCUGCUGAUGGUGGUUGCCGGCUUCUUGCUGACUAUUGGGUGUGUGAUCGGCUCGAGUGCGAUGCGGUGGAGUACGACGGGGCAGUUGAUUUCGAAUAUUCCGCCCAGUAUUAUCGAGACCUUCUUCAUGCUUAUCUUGAUCACCGGCCAGAAUGAUGCAGAUGCCGGCGCGAGGGUGGAUAUGACGAAUAUCUAUCACCGUCGACAGAGACUCUUGUGGUUUGUGAAGGAUGCUCGGGAAUACUUGGGGACUCGAGAGUCGGCAGAUCUCGCUAGGAAGGGAGAAAAUUAG